AUGCACUAUGAGCCCAAAUUGAAUCCAGGGGAUAUUUUGGUAAAUAGAGUUAAAACGACGUCGUGGAAGUGUGUCGUCGUUCUGACAAAUAAAGCCCUUAGUUUCGCUAUAGCAGUCAUUUCUCUCGAAUCUACAAUCCGAGUCGAGAAGAAGAAUACCGAUCUGAGAAAUUCGCCGGAGCUAGGUUUCUGUUUAUCGUCAAUCCUUGAUCAAUGGCAAUGGCUGUUUUCCGUCGCGAAGGGAGGCGUCUCCUCCCUUCAAUCGCCGCUCGCCCAGUCGCUGCCAUCCGAUCUCCCCUCCCUUCUGACCAGUGAGAUCUCUUUAUCCUUCACUCUUAACCUCCCGGAGGAAGGACUUCUUGGAGUUCGAUCCAUCUCAACUCAAGUGGUGCGUAACCGCAUGAAGAGUGUAAAGAACAUCCAAAAGAUCACAAAGGCCAUGAAGAUGGUUGCUGCUUCAAAGCUGAGAGCAGUUCAAGGCAGAGCUGAGAACUCCCGUGGACUUUGGCAGCCAUUCACUGCACUUCUAGGAGAUAAUCCCAGCAUUGACGUAAAGAAGAGUGUGGUGGUCACUCUCUCUUCUGACAAGGGUCUCUGUGGUGGAAUUAACUCCACUGUUGUUAAAGUGAGCAGGGCUCUGUACAAAUUGAAUGCUGGUCCUGAAAAGGAUGUUAAGUUUGUUAUUGUCGGAGAGAAAGCAAAGGCUAUAAUGUUCCGUGACUCAAAGAAUGACAUCUCCCUUUCUGUAACAGAGCUGAAUAAGAACCCACUCAAUUAUGCUCAGGUCUCAGUUCUAGCUGAUGACAUCCUGAAAAACGUUGAAUUCGAUGCUCUGCGCAUUGUCUACAACAAGUUCCAUUCUGUUGUCGCAUUUCUACCAACUGUGGCCACUGUUUUGUCACCUGAGGUUAUUGAGAAGGAGUCUGAAUUGGGAGGAAAACUUGGUGAGCUUGACUCAUAUGAGAUUGAAGGUGGUGAAACAAAGGGAGAGAUUCUGCAGAAUCUUGCUGAGUUCCAAUUCUCUUGUGUAAUGUUCAAUGCGGUGCUGGAGAAUGCGUGUAGUGAGAUGGGAGCGAGAAUGUCUGCCAUGGACAGCUCAAGCAGAAACGCAGGAGAAAUGCUUGACCGUCUCACCCUCACAUACAACAGGACUCGUCAAGCUUCCAUUACAACAGAGCUUAUCGAGAUUAUCUCAGGAGCUUCUGCACUUGAAGCAGCUAAAUAAGCUCUAAUCCUUGUUUGUUCCCUUCUUUGCUUUUGGCUUCCAUAUCUAUCUAUCCACUCUGAAGGAGAAAGAGUGUGUUUAGACUUCUGAGGGAUACGAAAUCAGUUUCCGUUGCUGGCUUCUUGUUGAGACCUCCCAGUCUUUUUGCUCAACAAAUUUCUAAUAAACGUCCCCGCCUGUAAUUUUCAGCAGGAUUACAAAUAAUUUGGAUUCACACUUUGUUCUGAUUCAGAAUCUUUGAUAAUCAAUCUGCAGAGUUAAUUUGGGCAGGCAUCAUAUACACAUAUGUACUCCGGUUUAACAAUAACGUGAUCGCCACUUUAACCCAGCUUCGAAGUUUUGAUU